AGUUAGAUCAAUAGAAUUAUUUCUUCAUUUCUUGCAACGAUGGCAACACUGAAAGCAAACCCCUCUUCCAAAUGUUUCAAAAUUUGUUUCCAAGUGCUUCUCCUACUUAUUUUCUCUAUCAUUUUUGCUUCUGCAGGAAAUGUCAUCACCCAUCUCCCUGGUUUUGAUGGUGAACUUCCCUUCUACCUCGAAACUGGAUAUAUUGGUGUUGGGGAAUCGAAUGAGUCGCAAUUGUUUUACUACUUUGUGGAGUCACAGAGGAGUCCUUCACUUGAUCCUCUUAUGCUUUGGCUCACUGGUGGACCUGGUUGCUCCGCUCUCUCUGCUUUCUUCUAUGAAAGUGGUCCAGUUGCUUUUAAUUAUUCUAAUUACAAUGGGAGUUUGCCAUCACUCCAACUUAACCCUGAUACAUGGACUCAGGGCAUCAACAUUAUAUAUGUAGAUGCACCAGUUGGCACUGGUUUCUCUUACUCAACAACCCAAGAAAAUUACUAUCUUAAUGAUACAAAAUCUGCCGCACAAACCUACGACUUCUUGAGAAAGUGGCUCCUUGAGCAUCCACAGUUCUUAACAAAUCAAUUUUUCAUUGGGGGCGAUUCUUAUUCUGGCAUUUCUGUUCCAAUGAUAGUCCAACAUAUACUUGAUGGAAAGAACGAAGGAUUUAAGCCAACCAUAAACCUAAAAGGGUAUAAUUAUGGCUAUCUGCCGUUUGGGCUAAUGCUGAAAUUGUCCGAGAAGCUCUCCAUGUGA